CUCUACUGUCAACUGCCACUGACUGAGACAACCUGGAAGGCACUGAAAGUCGCAGCGCAGAGCCUGUGCUCCACACUGGUCAGGUCCGACUGCUGCGACGGCGCGCCAGCCAGCGGCGACGACAGAGGUGGCCGCAACACCGACAACGAGGCCAGCUAGACAUCACAACCUCCCCAUCCAUCCGCCCGCCAACCCCCCCCCCCCCCUCUUCGCACCGCCGCCAUCAUGUCUCCCGGAAUGACCCUCUUCGCCGUGCAGGCCGUCCUCAUCCUCAGCACCGAGGACGGGUCCCGCAUCUUUGCCAAAUACUACUCCCCACCGCACAGCACCGCCGCCGGCGGCGCGAGCACCUCGUCGAACCCCUACCCCGACCUCAAGGCGCAAAAGGCCUUCGAAAAGGGCCUCAUCGACAAGACGGCCAAGCAGACGGGCGACAUCAUCCUCUACGACAACCGGAUUGUCCUCUACAAGCUUGAGUCGGACGUCAUGAUCUACGUCGUCGGCAGCCUCGACGAGAACGAGAUCCUGCUUUACAACACAGUCCUCGCCCUGCGCGACUCCCUGCACCUCCUCUUCAAGCAAUCCGUCGACAAGAGGACAAUCAUCGAAAACUAUGACCUCGUCUCCCUCGCCAUCGACGAGGUCGUCGACGACGGCAUCAUCCUCGAGACGGACCCCACCAUCAUCGUCCAGCGCGUCAGCCGCGCCCCCACGCAGGACGUGCCCCUCGGCCGCAUCGACCUCAGCGAGCAGGGUGUCAACAACCUCGCCCAGCUGGGCAAGUCCAAGCUGGCAGACUGGUUAAGGCAGGGUCUCUGAGCCUGGAGGGGCGUCUGUGGUGGUCGGGGUCACUUUUGAUACGUUGUUUCUAGCGUCGAUGGGAAAAGGCCCCGUGACUUUGAUCGGGGGUGAUUUUUUAUGAUAUUGAUAGAGACUCCAAGAGGGUUGGUAAGGGUAUAUGCAAAAAAAGAAAUCUAUCUAUGCUCGGUC